AUGAACGGAAGUUUUCAAAAUUACCUGCAGCCUACUCCACAAGAUUUGGAUUUCUUGAUCAAUGAUUUGAGAUUUCCUCUGCCGGAUACUACCAUUCACAAAACUUUGGGAUAUUUAUACCACUAUAUCCCUUACGUUAAAUAUGAACAUAACCUUAAAUUGGUUGUGGCUAGUUUUCUUAACAACCCUUUGUGUUUCGGUCAAGGGGGUGCUCCGUUUGAAUCCAAUUAUAUGAUAAUCGAGGUUUUCAAGUUAAUUGCAGACAAGAAGUUAAAAAUUUCGAAACCAACGUUAUCAAUUAAAUCAUGGUAUACGAUUAUUUUAAAGGAAAUUAGCAAUUUUGCACUCUUCAAUCCCCAAAUGAAUAGCUGGAAAGUAUUGCCUAUUAUUAGUGGUCUAUUGUUAUCGAAUGGUUUAAGAAAUAUGCUAUAUACUAAGGACUAUCCACUUGAAUAUAGAUGGUUUUUCAAAGAUUGGGAUGAAAAGAUUAUGAAGUUAUUCAAAUACUGUUUGAAAUACACACUUUCUGCGACACAUUCAGACGAUGUCAUCAAUUUAACGUUGGUUAGUUUAGCAAUAACAUAUCGUAAAGAAGAAAACAUUGGAGAUUAUACGCUGAACAUAUCGAGCAAUUUCAUCAUUUCGAGAUUAAUUCAUUUGAUAUUCGGAAAUUCAGAUAUAUCUGCAGCAGUAUACACCAAGUUCUUUUUUAUAAGCCCAGAUGAUCCAAAAGCGGAUGUAACAGUCCAGUCAGAAAUAAUGCUGAAGCCUGUAUUGAAACAAUUAAACAAACUUGCAUUUUUGUUAGAGAGUUAUUUCAAGAAGCUACCUGUCCAUGAGUCAUCAUAUCCAUUAAUUUUGGAUAGCUUGGAUAAAAUUCAUAUAUUCAAUAAAACAUUGUGUUUCUCGACGCAAGCAUCUUUGUUUAACCACAAUCCCGUGCAAUCUACAGAUAGUGCUAAUAGUUCCAUUAACCAGCGAUUUUGGUACUUGAUGAAAACCCUUUUAUUUGCAGAAGUUGUUGUUUAUCAGGGUAUUUUAACAAGGUUUUUAACUUCAACUGCAGGUAAUAAUUUGACUUUUUUUUCGAAGAUUUAUACUUCAAGAUCCUUCAAUUCAUUGGAAUUAGAAUAUAAACACAUCUCCUUGAAAAUUUUGAAUAACCUAUAUUAUAUGAAUCAUAUUUUGCACUCAAUUGGACAAGGGGGCUUUGACAGUUAUAAUUUUGUCUAUUAUUUAUCCUUAGAGUUUGCCUUGAAUAACGGUUCAUCUACGUUUGAAUUUGAAAACUUAACAAGGUUUUUAAUAGGAGAUUAUCAAGAAGUCAAUUUAUUUCCAGAAGUCAUCAACAAUAACUAUGUGGUUCGUUGUAAAGUAUUGUUUGUUUUAGGGUUAUGGGAGAAUUAUUUGCAACAAGAAAAACAAAACCAAGCAUUUAUAAAACAUGAUAUAUUUUCUGUAUGUCUUCAUUUAGUUGAUGAUUCGAUAUUUGUCGAUCCUGAAUUGAUAGAAGCAAGCCAUUCGGUCCUUUUGAUAUGCUUCUCCAGCGAAAAAAAUAGUACAACUAUAAAAGAGUCUACCGAAUAUGUUCAGUUGCUCUUCAAACAAUUCCCAAGAUUAUUAUCAUCAAGCCAACUAAGCAUAGGGGUAGAAACAGUAGGAAAAAAGAUCUUAUCUUCUCCUGUUUCGUAUAAUGAAGGGUUAUAUGCCAAUUCCGUGGACGAAUUUUUAAACUUUCUAUAUUUUGCUUGUCUACAUGCAAGAUCUGGAAUUCCCAUAGACUCGCAUGAAAGUACUAAUGAAGUUGCGUUCACUUCGGCUCAACCUAUAUCGGAAAUCGCUGCAUCCUCUACCAUGAGCCAUUUAGAUAAGAAAAAGAAUGAAAAUACUGACAUCAUCCGUGCCAAUAAGAUAAAGAAGCCGAAAGCUGUGGUCAAUUUGAAAUUACCGAAAAACAAGUCCUCCAAUGAUUAUAAGUUUGAAAGAAGAAUUAAGCCUGAAACAACCAGGGAAGCUUUGAUUGUUUCCGCAAUAAACUUAGUCCCUUACUUGCCAUUAUCAGUAUUUACGAAAUGGUUGGAUAAGAUAUGGAGUUUGAUCGAAAUGAGUAAUACCCAUGAAAUGCCUUAUUUGACAUCAAUGUUAUGGAAGGUUCUUAGUGAAAAUAUGGACUUGAAUAGAUGUGAAAUAGGUUUUAAAUGGUGGUAUGAAUCAAAACGAGCUGCAGAGAACCUUGAUGUUUGGUUAUUGAAGCUUUAG